AUGGUAGAACCGCCGUUGCCUUCGUUCAUCAACAAAUUGUGGACGAUGGUCAACAGCAAGAAGCGCGAGUGCUUUAUAAAAUGGAGCGAGGACGGGCACAGUUUUUACGUAACAGAUACGAGAAAGUUCAGCCGUGAGGUACUACCUCAUUUCUUCAAGCAUCAAAACAUGCUGAGCUUCAUUCGUCAGCUAAAUCACUACGGCUUCCAUAAAGUAACCACAACCGAAUCCGGGUCAUUGAAAAACAUCGACCAGGACCUCAUGCAGUACGAACAUCCGUACUUUGUUCGCGGCCGCUUUGAACUACUGUUCUUGAUCAGGCGCAAGUCUGCAGCAUCUCGUUCUUCGACCAGCGGCGAAGUGAGAGGUGGACUCAGAGGAUUGACCAUAGAGGAGAUGCGGAUCGACUUGCAGCAGAUGAAGGAUAAGCUGGCGUUGACAGAAAGCGAAUUGGCACGCGUGUCUGGCAUGAACUCCCGUCUGUGGCAGGAAUUGAUGGAACUGCGUCAGAUGCAUAUGAAACAGAACAAACUGUUAACGAUGAUCAUCCAGUUUCUAGUAUCAGUGGUUCAACCGGAAAAGAAGAGCGGUAAACGAUCUUUGUUGAGCACCAGCUUCAGCCCGGGCAUGAUCACGUCGUUCGGUGGCAAGGACGACGGCAAAAAACUGCGCCUGAUGAACGACAUAUCACCAGGCAGUGUGCCACCCUUUAAGGAUCAGGAAUUGAAUGACCAAUGGUCACCACAGGGCCCACUUAUUGCUGAUGUCACUGAGGAAAGCGAUUUAACGGUGAGAAAUGGACCGCAUCCCCCUUUUAAACCGGACGAAGCCGAGAAUGCUAUCGGUUACACCUGCAAUUUCAACUGUGUCCAAAGCCAUAAUACGUUACAAAACGUCACGCCUGGCCUGAACACACAAAACAAAUCAGAAAUCGACGACAUCAACCAGCAAGCGAUGCUGUCUGGUGAUAUGAUCUCGUACGUUGGUUCUGCUAGUCCAUUGAAGGAGAGGCUUUCCGGUGUAGCUCGACUGGGAGAAAAUUGUACGUAUGAGUUCCUCGGUCCUGAGGAAUCUCGUCCUAAGGUGGGUGUGCGCGAUAUUCAACUAUUUUUGGAUAGCAUGGAGGGCAAUUACAAGACGAUAGCCGGUAAUGGUGCUCCGUCAUUCGACGUCGAUAAGGAUUGCAAGUCGUUGUAUAGUUUGCAGUGCCUUUCGCCAUCCCUUGUUGGUGGGGGUGGGAAUGGCGAUUUUGACAUGCGUGAAUUUCUGGCACCCCUUGGCAAUGAUUCCUCAGAGGGAGACAACAACGUGUUAAACGAUAUUUUCCUUUCCCAUAGUGGUUUCAUGUCUCCUGGUAUUGCACUAUCGCCGGAUGUUGGCACGGAGUUGUCCUUGUAUGCGCCUUUGAAGGUUCCCGCGUGCGACGCUAGUAGUAAUGAGCAGCAAGAUUCAUCAUCGGACAAGAUGCUUUCCGGCGUGCUUGAAAGUGAUAUUGGCCCAGAAACGGUUGCUGUUGGCCCGUCGUCACCGGUUUCGGUUCUGAAUCCGCCUACGUCAGGCGUCACUCUCGAUGACCCUCAAUUCGAUAUUUUUCCUGAAGUCGGUUUAAAGCAUGAUUAUCGUUUGUUAAACUCUACCAUUCUAAAACUGUUUGACGAUGAUAGUUCAGAUACGGAUGUGGUUGAUUUUCCUACGAAGCACAAACAAACAUGA